AUGAACGGUAAGCAACCUCGAGUUUAGGAACCAUCCAAAAACCCAAUUCCAGAUCCUCGAAUUGCCGAAGUUCUCGACGACAUUUUGAAAACAAACGACGGCCGCAAAUCCGACGUCGCCCGAGGGCUUUUGUUCAAUGAUCAGGUUCCUUUCGUCGAGGAAUAUGUAAACACAACCCAUGGGCCAACUCAUACCGGAUAUUCGAUCAAAGUCGAAGCUGUCUAUGAUAUCGAAAGACCGGGGGCUUUCAAAGGGCCCGUUACUAAUCAGUAAGUCGGAAAAAAAUAAUUUUUUUAGAAGAUACCAGUCUCUCGGCAAGGCAGUGAGAAAUGUCGCAUUGUGUCGCUGAAGUGAAACGCAAUUUAAUUUUGUCGCGAUACAAUUCAUUUUCUCGGCGGCGAUGUGAUUUUCGAUGCGACAGAGUGCUCAUUAUUUUACCGACAGACUAAUAUCAGUCUGUCGGGAAAAUCACGCGGAUCGUCGCAUCAAAAUGUCUCGCCUCACCGCUAUCGCGCGCCAAAUCUCCAGCUUCGGCAGCCGUCGCAAAGCGAUGAUGGGCAAUUCCGAGAUGCGACGAUCCGCCGUUAUUUUCCCGACAGACUGAUAAAACUUUUGGCAUUCUGCUACUCUGGGCAAAAGGUCCUCAAAAUUUGCACAAUGCGGUUUUGGCGCGCCGCUGUAUAAAGUAUAUUUUUAUCCCAAAAUCGCGAAAAAAUCGCUUUUCACAGUGCAUUUUGACCCAAAAACCUUCGCACAGUGCAUUUUUUUCUUUUUUUCUUUUCGAGCGAUUCUCAUUUUUCAGUGCAAAAAAUCAUUUUUUUCAGAUUUCAGCGGUUUUCGGGGCCGCGAUGACAAAUUUUUUACAACUUUCGCUCCAUAAAAAUCUUAUUUUUCCUUACAAUUUUCAGCAAGCUCCUCUUCCACGGAACCCCAAAAGAAAACGUGUAUUACCUGCUCAGGGACGGCUACAAAAAGGCGAUUCAGUCGGUAAGAAACCAUAUCAAACUACAUACAAAAAACGUACCAUUUUGCAUCCGGGAAGUAUGAAAAAUGUGGCAAAAUGCUUCCCUCUUCAAGUGAAAAAACUUCGAUUUCAAAAGCGCGCCCGCUAUUUUUGUGAGGGAAAAGGAAAAGGGCCCUUCAAAACAAUGUUUUUUCUCUUGGAGAGGGAAGCAUUUUGCCACAUUUUUGAUAUUUCCCGAAUGCAAAAUGGUAGAUUUUUUGCUAAUGGAUAAGAUCCCCCACUCUAACAAUAUCUUGUUUUUUUUCAAAUUCAACCUCAGUUUUUAUUUUUGUCAGGAAAAAGCCGCAUUUGGCAAAGGAAUUUACUUCACGAACUGCGCUUCCAAAGCCGCCAAUCUCACCAAUCCCAAGGCAAAGGAUGCGCCAGAGCAAGCUGAUCAAGGGGAAAUCAGCGCGCCAGAAGGAACGCAAUACCUGAUCCUUGCCGAAGUCGCGUUGGGCAAACAAAAAGAGGUAACGAAGCCAGAGAAGUCGAUCUCGAAAUUCAUGCAAGACGCGACCAGUGUAUAUGGAAAAGGAAUUCACAGGCCAACAGAGAAGUUGUAAGUGAAAAAGAACUCAAAAACCUAAUUUUUAUGAGAUUUUGACGUUUUUUUUUGUGAAAAAAAAAGACUUGAUAUAGGAAUUUUUAAAAUUGCUAUGUUAGGUCUACUGUAUAAAGUCUAUUUUUAUCCCAAAAUGUGCAAAAAGGACGCUAGGGGGCACCCGGAUUUGAACCAGGGACCUAUCGAUCUGCAGUCGAUUGCUCUACCACUGAGCUAUACCCCCACACUUAACGAGCUCUCUUGAUUCGAUAGCAGAGGAUUUUGGCGGCGUUAAAGUAAAUAAAAGACACUAAAGUCUUGGAUUAGCAGACUUCUAAAGGCCUGUGAAAUUUUUUAUGCGAAAAUAGGGCUUUUUCUAAGGUUGACUUUCUAGUUUUUUCUUUAAAAUUGUAGACAUGCAUAGAACUUUCGACAGCGUUUUCUAGGGUGUCCCAUUGCAAGCGAUGGUUUUUAGAGGGAAGACAGUACUAGUCGCGGCAAAAAGUCCUUAGAAUUUUCUGCGACUCCGCACUGUGCAUUCACCCGAAAACACAUUUUGCACUGUGCAAUUUUGUUGAUUUUGCCUUAUUGUCGCGCACGAUUCCCGCGACAAAUCAACAUUUCGGGGUGCGACGAGAUUUGGGGGCCGCGAAAAAUUCUAAGGACUUUUCGCCGCGACUAGUAUAAAACAGCACAUCAAUUUGAAAAUCUGGGUCUCAAUUUCUGCCAGGUUUCAUCCAAAUUGAAUAUCAGUCUGUCGGAAAAAUAAUGAGCACAAUGUAGCUGCGACAAUCGCGUCGCUGAAGUGGAAAGCAAUUUGGUUUUGUCGCGACACAAUUCAUUUUCUUCGAUGCAACAGAGUGCUCAUUAUUUUCCCGACAGACUCAUUUUUUCACCUUGAGCCAUCUCCUCCGUAAAAGAAUACGAUAACUUUCAUUUUUCCAGCGAAUACCCGGACACAGUGCCAAUCGAAGUCGGAAUGGAGCUUCGCAAAGACGAGUCGACAACUUCGGCCUUCCAAUACGACGAGUUCGUCGUGUUCAACCCGGACCAGGUGAAGCAUAAAUACCUGGUCAAAAUCACCGUCCUUCCCAAGGAAAUCUCAUCAUAA